CAGCCGCCGCAGCAGCGGCCCCGGCCGCCGGCGGAGCUGUCGCGCGCGGCCGCGGACGCGCUGGCCGCGGCCGCGUUUAGGAAUGCGCAGGAUGACUCAUUUAGGUCCCCCUGGGCGGCCGCCGCGGGGCGGCAGGGGCUGCUGGCGCGGCUGUUUGCAAAGGGCGGGAAAAUGGACGACUGCACGUGCGUCGUCGCCCUCGUCAGGGACGCGCGCGCCGCCGCCGCCGCAACCUCGGACGGCGCCGGCGGCGGCGCAUGA